UACCGCAGUGGGAUUUAUGAUUUCAAACGGAACGGCAACGCGUCCUGUUGCAGCUGCUGGCCGGCGCGCUCCUCGCCGCUAUAAAAUUAUAUAUAGUUGAAGAAAACUAGUCUAUCUGAGACCGAACACCAAACGAUACUUACCGAUACUCUCCAGAUAGCAACGCGACAUACGCUGUAUAGAUUUCGUACCACGUAUCUCCGCAUAUUGUAUGUAAAUACGCGGGCAAUCCUGACGUACAGAUACCGAAUAUAUAGCUUGUUAUUGGUUCUUCAUCGAAUAAUAUCAUUGCAUUAAUUCCAUCGUUGAUGACCAUUAUGUCUAGUUACCUGCGCAUUGAUUGAGCCGUUAAAAUUUUUUUACAUUAAAAGCUGUUUUCAAUAAUAAGGAGGAAAAUAAUUACUCUGUGAAAAUGACGCCAACGCUCGGAUUACCUGAUGAUCAAGUCUUCGCUCUUAUGAGGUUCAGACGUAGCGUGAAGGAUGUUUUGGAACCGCACCACGACGAUCAAUUUCUGCUGAGGUGGCUAAGAGCGCGAAAAUGGGACCCGAUUGCAGCUGAAAAAAUGCUAAGAGAUUCACUUGAGUGGAGAAAAAUAUGGCAAGUUGAUAGAAUACACGACUGGGAGGCACCGGCAAUCUUCAAAGAUUAUUUACCUCGGGGUACUAGCGGUUUCGACAAGGAUGGCGCCCCAGUUGUCAUAGCACCGUUUGCUGGACUGGACAUGUUUGGACUCCUUCAUGUGAUAUCAAAAAAUGACAUGAUGAAAGCUACGAUACAGCAGUUGGAGUCAUACCUAAAGAUAUGUGCAGAGCAGAGUAAAAAGCACGGACCAGUCGCAAAUCAGCUCACUGUCAUUUUUGACAUGGAAGACUUCAAUUUGAGACAAUACGCGUGGAGACCAGCUGGAGAAGUUGUAAUCGGAUUGAUUCAGAUGUACGAAGCAAACUACCCAGAGAUUUUGAAGAUGUGUUACAUUAUAAAUGCACCAAAGGUUUUUGCUCUUGCAUUCUCCAUUGUGAAGAACUUCCUGAACGAGUACACAUUGUCCAAAAUUCAAAUAUACAAAGCAGAUCCUGACAAGUGGAAAGCUGCAUUAUUGCGAACUAUCCCAGUUGAUCAAAUACCCAAACACUUUGGUGGUUCCCUGACUGACCCAGACGGCAACCCAAAACUACUUACCAAGAUUUGCCAAGGUGGUAAAGUGCCCAAGCAUAUGUACACGAGUAAAGCAGAUAAAGAGAAAAUUAACGAUGACUUGGAGACAGCAACUAUUAAAAAAGGCGACAAACUCACACUAGAUUUUUUGGCAGCAGAAGAAGGCAGUUUUCUGCGAUGGGAAUUCAGAUCUGAGGGUCAUGAUAUCAAAUUCGGAAUCAUAAUGAAAAAUGAUGAUGGAGCACAGUCUGAAAUUAUACCUCUUCACAGAGUUCCUGCUCAUCAAAUGGACGAAAUUGGUGUCAUCACUUGCAAAGCACCAGCUACUUAUUCUGUCAUAUUUGACAACACUUACAGUAUAAUGAGAAACAAGAAGAUUCACUAUUCCGUGCAAGUUACGCCUCCAUUACCAACAGUCACAGAAGCAUUGGCUUUGAGUAAUAACUGAAAUAAACAAAUAAUAAGCUAGUUAAAUUAUAGCCUUUCAGGAUCUACUAGCACUCGGUUGAUGUCACAGAGACCCUGGAGAAUGUGUGGUUUAUUCACCCGUGACUUCAAGAACAAAAUAUCCAUGUUGUAAAUAAUUACCCAUCUUUUAUAUUUUCAUAUAUCAUUUUAUAACUUCUGUAAUUAAUUUUGCUGUUGUUUUUUUCUGUUCUUUUAUUUGGUGAUCUGUGAUUGAGUUCAAGUUUUUUACAGUAGGAAAUAUUUGUUAUUUGUGUAAACGUAUAAAUAUAUCAAUAAAUGAAUGUAUCUAUAGUUACCCCAA